AUGUAUUUUCUUCUAUAUCUCACAGUCGUAACGAUUAUUACUCCAGCACUAACCCAAAUCGCCAUCCAGUCAGGUGUAAGACCAGACGUAAGAUUUGGACAAAAUAAUGACAGAUUCGAUGUUUCCAACAUAAUUAAGUAUCAACAAAAACACUUAGAGCACAAUGUGUUAGACGCACAAUCUGAUGAGUUCCGACGAAGAGGUUCUAAAAAACGAAAGCACAAGUUGGAUAAUAAUAACAUAUUUAUAAAAAAUCGUAUUCGAGAUUCCGAAAAAAAAACUUCCGAUGAAAACAAAAAUGAGAAACCAGAAAACUCAUGGCUAGAUCUCCUCUAUACAAGAAAAGGUAGUAAAAAUAUAAAAAAGAAAAUAAUAAAGAAAAUUGAGGAUCGUGUUAAUCAACUAGCCAAUACUAUUAUUACUAAAAUACGUUCAAUGAGACGAUUUGAUGAAUUUGCGCAUCAUGAUAAUAUGGAUAGCGUUGGAGAAGCAGAUUUUGAUGAAAAUCUUCAUAAAUUUAUAGAAGAAAAUAAGCAGUCGAGAAGGCUAAAGAAUUUCGUUGACAAAUUACAUGGUGGUAAACAAACAAGGCGUAACAUGGUUGAUCCAGAGCGAGAAAUACUGUUGCAUUACGGAUUCCCACUUCAUAUGAAAAUUGAAGGUUUCUUACAAAAACCG